GGGCGGGCUACGGACACAGGCACACGCCAACGAUAACAGCGCCCACCAAAAAUACUAGCACAGACUAGCCCACUCUUUCUGGCUGAACUCUGAAUGGCACGAUGUGCUCUAAAGCUGCGUGUUUUUUUUUUUGUUUGCGCUGCGCUACCACUUGGCGCAUCACCGGCACAGGAUGGAGCUGGCGAGCAGGUGAGAGAGAGGCGCGUCUUUGGACCCAGUGCCAUUGUGUAACCAUCUGAUGGGCCUAAGUCGUGCUGUAUUGCGGCUGUUGGACAAACUAAUAGUGAACAUGUAAGGGGUUCGCCGGUCUUUCAGUCUCCCGAUUACGGGUACCCCUGUGCCUAUUGCCUUUCACUAAGACAAAGGGACUGCUGGAUGGAUGGAUGGACGAUGGUGCAACGAGCAAUAAGUGGGCAUCAAGCAAAACACCAUAGGAGUUCGUCCAGGCAUGUACCUCUCCUUUCCAUUACUACUACAACGUGAGCGACUGAUGAUUAUGUGGCUGUGUUUUGCUCACUCCCGCUCACCGCCCUGUCUCGACUGAAAGCACUGAGGAGGAAGACUUGACAGCUUACUGGGUACAUCAAAUAUUUAUUGAGAUUCCAUAUGAUUUAAAAACAAAAUAGCUUUACUCCCUUAAUCAACACAACACCGAAGAUGAAAUUCCCUACGGAAAACCCGAGAAAGCCAGGGAAUUGGAAUCCUCCACCAGUGCCUGUGCAGACGAACCUCGUCCCGCCGAAAAAGGUCCAGCCAGGCAUGUUGCAGUCCAGCUUGGUCCAGGCCAGUGUGGCCACCAUGCAGAACCCUAUGGGCUGCUCGGUGCCGAGGCUGUCGGUGUCGCGGCCGGCCAGCAUGGUGGCCAGCAUGGAGGGCGUGGGCGCCGACGGUGUGGCCACCUUCACGGUCAUGAAGUGGAAGACUGUGCUGGCUGUGUUUGUGGUGGUGGUGCUGUACCUGGUGGCGGGCGGGCUGGUGUUCCGGGCGCUCGAGCAGCCCUUCGAGAGCAACCAGAAGGACACCAUCACCAUGGAGAAGGCUGCCUUUCUGCAGAACCACCCGUGUGUGACGCCGGCGGAGCUGGAGGCUCUCAUCAAGCACUCCAUAGACGCUGCCAACAGUGGCGUCAGUCCCAUCGGAAAAACCUCCUACAACUAUAGUCACUGGGAUUUGGGCAGCGCCUUCUUCUUUGCCGGAACAGUAAUCACAACCAUAGGUUAUGGCAACAUUGCCCCAAGCACAGAGGGUGGGAAGAUCUUUUGUAUCCUCUAUGCAAUAUUUGGUAUCCCUCUCUUUGGGUUCCUGCUUGCUGGAGUGGGUGAUCAGCUCGGGACGAUUUUUGUGAAGAGCAUAGCCAAAGUGGAGAAAAUGUUUCGGCGGAAGCACAACCAGAUCAGUCAGACCAAGAUCCGAGUGGCCUCGACGCUGCUCUUCAUCCUGGCUGGGUGCAUCCUCUUCGUCACCAUCCCGGCCGUCAUCUUCAAGCACAUAGAGGGCUGGACGACGCUUGAAGCCAUCUACUUUGUUGUCAUCACCUUGACAACUGUUGGCAUCGGCGAUUACGUGGCAGGGGGUGACCGGAAGAUCGAAUAUCGCAAAUGGUACAAGCCUCUGGUGUGGUUCUGGAUUUUGGUGGGCCUGGCUUAUUUUGCCGCAGUUCUGAGCAUGAUCGGUGACUGGCUGCGUGUCCUGUCCAAGAAGACUAAAGAAGAGGUCGGGGAGAUCAAGGCGCAUGCAGCCGAGUGGAAGGCCAAUGUGCGCGCCGAACUCCGUGAGACGAGGCGCCGUCUGAGUGUGGAGGUGCACGACAAGCUGCAGCGCGCCGCCACCAUCCGCAGCAUGGAGCGCCGGCAGCUGGGCCUGGACCAGCGCGCCCACUCGCUGGACGUGCUGUCGCCCGAGCGCCGCGCCGCCGCCUUCAACAGCCUGGACGCCAACCACUUCAAGACGUCGUCACAGGAGAGCAUCGACACCAAGCUCAACAACUUGCGGCUGCGCGCCGAACUGGGCGACCACCACAACCACCACGUGCGCAGCGUCUCCGUCGCUGACCAGGCCUGCUCCGAGGACAACAUCUUCAACCGCUUGAGCUCCGUCACACGGCUGGCGCGGCGCAGCCGCAACCGCAGCGAGCUCAAGAAGAACAUCCCGGACGAGGCGCGCCGCUCGUGCGAGGCGUACAGCUGCAGCAGCCCGUCCGCCAGCGAGGGCAAGAAGGAGGACGAGGAGGCCGAGGACGACGCCGACAAGGAGUGCAACACAAGCCUGACCAACGUGUCCGUCUUUGCCGAGAGCCCCAAGACGCAGAACGGCUUCGUCAUGCUGCAGACCAAAGAGAAGGAGAGCGAGAAAGAGACUGCCAAGGAGGUGCACUUGCAGAUGGACCCUUAGACAGGAGACCGAGAGGAUGCUCACAGAGGGGAACACUUUGGAAGAAGCAAACUCAAACGAAAUAUAUCGACCCAAACGUGCCUUACACUCAUGCUGUCUCUCUGAGAUGAGAUCCUGAAUCCUUGUUUGCCUGUUUCUUGAACUAUUCACUGUGCCCUGAUAACUUGAUAAAGAAAAGCUGGAGCGAACUUUUGAGAAAUCGCAAGAGACCCCGAAAGGAGAGACGAGUCAUCGGCGCUGAAAGAGCCUGAGCAAUGCAAUGUGAGAUGGUGAGGAUCGCAGUGACGAAGCAAGACAAGCCUUGCAAGAAUAGCGAAUAUGACACAUUAGCAGAUUGGAUCGCCAUUUCCUUUCAGUGAUUGGACCUCCGCAUCAGUGCUGAUCUUUUUCAUCUGUUUCCUUUCUCGGCCCUUUUGUGAAGAAAAGCUGCUAAGAAUAAAGAAAGGAUGACGUCACAAAGACUGCUUGCUUAAAGACACUAAGCAUGUCUCUGCUUUCACUUUGAAAGUAUCAACUGAAAGUAUAAACCGUCUUUUAAAAACCCUAGCUAAGAGGAGCCAAUGGAGUACUAAACAGCUACAUGUAUGUGCAUGUGCUAUACUGUUGUCUACUAAAGUAUGGUGUAUUAAUGAUCAUAUUAAUACUCUUAUGUCCAUGAAUGGCGAUAUCUCAGGGCUUGUAGUCCUACUGGUGUUGCUCAACUGUAUACUGCACAUCAAGAGAGUUGCAUUUACACUUUGAAUCUAUUGGGAACGCUGGUUGCACCCUUAACCUUCUUCAGAAGAGAGCCAUUGACAAUGGGUUGGAAGAAAAGCCAUAGUGGAAAUCUGAAAUGAUGAUGGUUACGAUUUAAUGCUGAGACAUGUAACACAAUUUGCAAAGAGGGUUGGAGGGGGGGAAAAGGAUAUGAUUAUGCUUUUCGGAUGUGAAAUUUAUUCUGGUAUUUGAUGUGAACACAUUUGGCUGGCAUCUCUAUUGCGUGUGAUUAACGUGUCCCAUAGAAUAGGCACCUGUCUUGUCUCACUUGUUUAUGGCAAGAGUGGUGUUGAAGUUGUGAUGAUCUCUCGGAUGUAUACGGUUUAUAUGUGUGAGAGAUAGUGAGUGUGUGUGUGUUUUAUCUGUGUGUGUGUGUGUGUGUGUGUGUGUGUGUGUGUGAGAGAGAGAGAGACCGAAUGUUUGAAGUAUCCAUUACUCUCGUAUUAAGAGUCAAGCAGAUUGUAUACACUGACGAGCCCUAAGGAAACUAAACUUGGGUUAAUAUUGACUCCUUUACCCAUUUUGAACCCUGCACAAUCACCAUAAAGCUUUACAUGUUCUUUGUAUUCCUCUUGUUUGCAAUUAAUUGGGUGCAGCAAUAGCAUAUUUGUGAAUGCAGAAAAGGACUUUAAAUGCUCAUGAUGAAAUAAUGAAAAAAAUAACUAAAGCAUUGAAAACUAUGAGUCAAGGAAAUAAAAAGCAUGCUAUUGUGCAAAUAUAUUAUUAUGGUCUGGUAUUGAUUGUACCACCACACGCUUCAGAUAAUUAGCUUUUUCUAAAUGUCCUUGUUCAAAGCUAAUUCAUUGGACUGCACAUGCUCAGUAAAUGGAAGUUGUUCACAGUAUAACAUGUGCAACCAUUACGUUCAAUGUAGUGAGUGCCUUUUGGAAAUAAAUAUUACUUAAUGAC